CGUCGCAAUCUGUGAACAUCACCAUGGCGGACGGUCCACCGCCGCUCUGCGAGAUGCCACCGGCACCGAGCGUCAUGGACGAGAUGAUGGCCGCGGCCACGCAGGCCAGAGCGCUCAAGGACGCUGCGAAAGCGGUCGAGGCCAAGCAGCGCGCCACGUCAUUCGGUGCGGGCUUGAAGAAGGGCUUCUUUGCGGCCCCGGCCCGUCCCAAGACGACCGCCCCGCCAACGUCCAAGACAGCCGCCAAGCCCGAGAUCGAGACGCUACGGCCGACCAAGAAGCAUGCGCUCGAGUUUCCCGAGGUCCAGGCAGCGAUGCAGGGGCUCGCGACGAACGACUGGAUGACGCCCGACUUUAUGGACAAGCUCGCCAAGAACCCGAAGCUCUGCGUCGCACUGCAGAACCCUCGGUUCACGACCGCGAUUCAAGAACUCUCGACCAACCCGGAGAAGGCCAUGGCCAAGUAUCAACACGACGCCGACGUCUCGACGAUGCUGCGCGACUUUAUGCAGUUUAUGGGCGCCCAUUUCGAGGCCUUGGGCAAGGCCGCUGACGCCGACGCAGCCAAAGCUAGCCAGCGCCACGCUCUCGAAGCCGCAGCCCAGACACCGCAAGAGCAGGCCCAAGUGCAGCGCAUCCUGAGCGACCCGGAGCUGCAAGCCAUCUUGUCCGACCCCGAGAUGCAAGCCGUGCUCCAACGCUGUACGGCGCCCGGCGUCCUCCUUCGCUACCUCCACGACCCGAUCGUUGGCCCCAAGAUCCGCAAGCUCCAAGCCGCGGGGCUCGUCCAGCUGCACCCGUAAAAACACCGUCAAAAUCGAUACACUAGCGUGUUUUUGAAUGUACGGAUACACCAUGUUUAUCCGGA